AUGACUGCGUGCAUCUUCAUACGCGGAGGGAAAAUUGAGAGAGAACUGGCAGAUGAUGAAAUCGAAGAGCUGCGUGAGGCGUUUGAAGAGUUUGAUAAGGAUAAGGAUGGACUGAUCAGCUGUAAAGAUCUCGGCAACCUGAUGAGAACGAUGGGUUACAUGCCUACGGAGAUGGAGCUGAUUGAACUGGGCCAGAAUAUCAAUAUGAACCUGGGAGGACAGGUGGAUUUUGAAGACUUUGUGGAACUGAUGGCACCAAAACUCCUGGCUGAAACAGCUGGAAUGAUUGGCAUGAAAGAGCUGAGGGAUGCCUUCAAACAGUUUGACAUGGACGGUGAUGGAGAGAUCACAACAGAAGAGCUGAAGUUAGCUAUGAAUAAGCUGUUGGGGGAAAACAUGAGUCACAAGGAGAUUGAUGCAGUGGUCAGAGAGAUCGAUGACAACGGUGAUGGAACUGUAGACUUUGAAGAGUUUGUGAAAAUGAUGUCAAGCUGCUGAGAAAGGUGCGGCAGGAAGUGAUGGCGUACAAUUACUUUGUUACUGCACUUCAAGUGGUUUUUAACUGUCUGUACUUUACUUUCUUUCACCUAGCAAUUUUUCGACUUUCUCCUCACUACAUUUCUUGAUAAUCACGGACAGGAUUUUGUAUAAUCAUGUAUAAGGAGUUGAUUAUGGAAAUUUGUAACACAUUUACUUUAACGGAUUUAACAGUGACAAUGAAACCUGAUACCCAUCCUUGUAAUCUAUCUGUUACUAUGUCAUACACGUCGUAUUUAUCAGGGCAGAUUAUAUUAUGAAGGCUAGCUAUUACUAUUCAGCUAGCUUUUAUCAUAAGAAUUAUCAUCAUGCUAGCUAACAUUUGAGAGAUUAGAAAUAAAUAUUUCCUUUUUCCUUGGUUACUUGGUGAAAGAGGCACGACUUUACCAUACGUAAUUAAAACCAGUAUGUGGUUUGAGCUAGACAUAUUUUUCUUUUCUAUCUUUCUUGUACUUUCAUUAAAUUUGAAGGUUUAUAUUAUUCUACUUUAACGUGAAUGAAAGAUCGGAGGCGUUAAAGUUGUAUCGGAUUUUUUAUUUAAAUGAGCUAUUGCACUUUUACUUAGUAAAGAAUGAUCUGUGCAUCCGUGUAUACCGACACUGAUGGAAAAAUAUGACAUAUAGCUGUUGACAGACUGUCUGUGCUGACAGUGUGAUCAUGUCCUGCACUGACAUUCAUAGUAAACCUGCAUCAAAUGGGUUUUUCUUCUGGUUUCCCUUACAUAUCACACUAAUUUACAAGCAUCACUGUCACUGAAUGUACACCCUCAACCAAAAUUUCCAAUCCUAUUUACUGCUGUCCUUCUCAUAGAACUAAAUCCAGAUGUUUCCUCACAGUUAGUUCAUUGUCAUGAACUUCAGAUGGUAGAACACAGGUACAGAGGUUUCCUUUAAUUCAAGCAAAUAAUUCUGAAGUGACAAGCAAAAGUUCAAACAGAAACAGGCAAAUAGUCAAGCAGUGAGCAAGCUGACAUAAACUGAGCUGGAAGUUCAGAAGCAAAACUAUCAUAGGGACAUGUCACAGGGAUGGGGAAUGGGGAAAUGUUAGGGUGUGUAGUUUGUGGGCUGGCUGGGAAUCAUUGGAAUUGUAGUUUAAAUGUAGUUUACCUUGAUGUGUCACAGACGAAGGCAUUGCAAUGAUAUUCCUAUUUUGCAGAUUGUGUGCAUGACAGUCCCGCCAUCCGUAACAAAUUAAUGAACCCAAAGUCACCUACACUUUUCCUCUUGUCAGCUUGAUCCAAAAUCUUGCCCUGCACCUGUCUGGAAUCGUUUUGAUCUUUGUAUUAAUAUAUAUAUAUUUUUUUUAAUUUGUCACUGAUAUGUAUAUGCAUAGCUACAUAUAUGACUAGAUACACACUUUCAACUAUGCAAAAGUCUUAAAGAUAGAUAUAAAUCACAUUAUGCAAUGAUAAAAUUUGUGUAUAUGAGGCUCAAAUGUUAUACAUUAUACUGUAUGAUGAUGA